CCGGUAUUCUUUACAGCCAACUAUGACUUCGACAUCCUUUGCCUCCUUCCACAUCCUUGUAGAGCUUGUUAUGCUCACAUCGAUAUGGUCAUCGCACGUGCUGGAAUCGAAGGUAUACCCGCCAAAGGAAACUCUGCAUGGUUCAAUAAGCAGGUGGCAUGGAUUGACGGACAUAAUUGAGCCCCGUAUGGCAUUAUGGACUUCUCCAAUUCGAUGGCGAAGUCCUCAUGGUACACCUGGAGUGACUCCAAGUUGCAACAUAAAAUGUGGAAAAGAGAAAAAAGCUCUUUGUUUUACUGGCCCUGGAUGGUUGACUUGCCUGUGUGCCUGCGAGCCGGCCAGUGAUCCAUGCCCACCAGAGGGAAGGAAUGCGUGUGCGCAUGGCGUUCCCUGUAUAUGGACAAAUAGCACUACUAUGUGCCUUUGCACAUGUGCAAGCAGUGGAGUCACAACUGGAUCAGGCUGACCUGGAGCACUUUUACACCUACAUACCUGAGUCGUCAGGGCACCACUAAUUGAAAUCUUAACUGAUAAAUUUAUCAACUAUGUGCGCUCAGCUCAAUUUAAAAUUCAGAAGUUUUACAGGCUUUUUAUCUCCUAGGGCUCUUUCUACAUAACACACGUUGACUAUUAGAAGGCAAGGUACUGAAAUGAGUUGUUGGAAAAAAAAAUUGAAGUUAGGCUCCUAAUCAACUUUACACACUAACAUACGUCAUUGUGCCAACGUUGCGAGGUACCUGGGGAGUGCCGGAGUACUGCCUCUGGCAGGAAGCGAUGGCCGGGAACGACCUUGUUUGGCGGCAUAGCUACGGUGGCUAGAUGAGUGAGUGUGCCGUCUUCUGGCUGGGUAGUUAAGCGCUUCUCCGCCUCAUGAGGACAAAUUUGGCGCUGCAGUCAGAUACCUGUCUCAAGGACCGCUUGUCGCGUGCUGAGGUGGCCGUAUUGCAGCGGAAAUGCGGCGUAUUUAUCACUGUAUUUAAGAAGGAAUCAUUUAGACGAUCGUCUUUAAAACGCAUCACUUCGUCACUCGUGUACAAAUACUUGCUGAACAUUCGUCAUUUUCAAUCAUUUUCCAUUUGCGAGAAGCGCGUGCAAGUUUGGCUCACUGCAGCUUCAGGAAUAUUUUAGCGGCCACCAUCCGGUCCUGGUCUAGCUUGUUCUUCUUGCCGGAAUUUUCAAGGAUAUGUAAGCCGGAGCGCCGGGUAGAUUCGAAGGAACAGUGUCACUCACUGGCCGCAGAUACACCCUUAGAAUGCUAGCAAUACGCCUAAUGAAAUGCUCCUAGAAGUGGCGCUCGCACGUCACUCAUGCGGUUGAAACGUCUCAGCACAGCGAGGUUCAAGCUCACAUUUCUCGGAGAGCUAUGGGUUUCGCAACAUCGAAAACAGUGAUGAUCACCCAGUGGCUUCCGUAUUUGCAGCCGACUUACGAUUUGGCGCAAAGCAAGUGGUGCCCCUAUGGCUAGUUUUCUUCUGUGCAGGAGCAGUUUCACUGCGCAUGGAAGACUAAAAUUUUUAGUAAUCACGAACAUCAAACACAGUAUUCAGUUCGCUACUUAAACUUCUUAGUGAAUUACAGGAACACGGAGAAAUAUCGUGACUGUGAGUGCAGCGCACCGUGCCACCACGCGAUAUGCAUAACCGUUCUUGAAAAUGAUUCAUUGUAGUAAGAAUUAUUACACUUCUGUGCACUGUCACAACAUAAUGUAACCAUUUUUUUUCGUCUAUAUGCUACACUAUAGACUAAUUAUGCUAAAUAUAACGACGCGCAAUGACAACAGACCGAGUAGCAGAUGGCGCGCACAUCGCGACGUAGGAUGUAUUGUAGCCACGUAGUGUAGUGACGCGGAGAAGCAAUUACGCCACUCGGAACAACUACCCAUCUAGCCACCAUAGCAAAGGCAAAGCUACGAGGACUCGCUAACACGUGUGGAGCUACUGCUCUGCUCCUGUUUUACAACGCCAAGUAGUGCCGACGUUUUGCUGGCAGCUUACAGGACCAGAAAGACCACACGUGGACACCCAAAAGCCAUAAAUCUAGGAGCAGCAAGAAAAGGAGGUCAUUUUUCUAAUCAAGAUUUUUAUUCGUUAUGAAAUAAAUCAUGAAC